AAGCGACUACACAUGCUUUCCCGCUUGACACUGGGCAUAUCAUGGUCGCAUCUGCGGGCCUUUGGGCGCCAACAAUCAGACACCACAAGGGCAGAUUCUACAUCAUCUGCACCAACUGCACAAGAGGUGGGGAGGCAUUCCUCACCCAAAACUUCUACAUCUACACAGAUGAUAUCAUGUCAAAUGAAUGGAGUGAUCCCAUUUUCGUCGACUUCAAGGGAAUCGAUCCAAGCCUUUUCUUCGACAUCGAUGACAGGGUCUAUUUCCAAGGUUCUUGGGAACUGACGCGCGAGAGACAGCCUACCUGCACCAUCAAGCAGUUCGAAAUCGACAUUACAACCGGAAAACCAUUGUCAGAGACCCAAGAGAUCUGGACCGGCGCUGCAAAAUAUGAUACCGAGGGUCCACACAUCUAUCGGAAAGACGGAUACUAUUAUCUCGUCGUGGCAGAGGGCGGUACAUUUGAGCAUCACAUGCUCUCAAUUGCUCGGUCUCGCAGCAUUUGGGGUCCCUUUGAGUCGUAUGAGUACAAUCCCAUCUUGACAAGCGAUCUCAAGAAUGAAUUUGUCCAGAACACCGGUCAUGGAGAGCUGUUCCACGAUGCCAGCGGCGCCUGGUGGGCAGUAGUCCUCGGGGUGCGCGAAAGUGAAGGCGGAAGAAGUCCUAUCGGCAGAGAAUCAUUUCUUACUCCAGUUGAUUGGCCCAAGGGUGGAUGGCCAACAAUUGAUCAACCCCGAAUGACUUUCGUAAGACCAGCUGUCGCUUCAAAAAUCUCUAGACAAGAUUCGCCAUUGUCAAACCCCUCGGAUAAGCCGACUGCUACGGCCGCUUCUUACGAGGACGUGUAUAUCAGAAACCCCGAGCUCAAGAAUAUCCUGCGUUUGCCGGACGGAAGCAUCGAGCUCCGAUCGAGUGCGGAAAAUCUUUCUGUGGCUCGUGGAUCGUGUUCAUUUCUCGGUAGAAGACAGCGCGACAUGACAUGCAAAACCGAAGUGCUGCUACAUAUCGACGGUCGCAAUCGAGGAACAGAGCUCCAUGCCGGUCUUGCGGUUUACAAAGACUGUCAUCGCCAUGGAGCCAUAUUUUUCAAUCAUCGAGAUUCGAAGGUCUGGGUGAUCACAGUGAACAAGUCAAACCACACUGGAUCGACGAUCGCAUGGAGCGACAAAUUGCUGGACAAAGCGACAGUGCAGUUGCAGAUUCGUGCCACUGAGAAGGAGUAUCAGUUCCUUUACCGGUCACCAACAGAAGAUACCUGGACUAACGUCAAAAGUGUUGAUGCUUUGGAGAUGACAGCUCGAGAUUUCACGGGUACAAUCUUCGGCGUUUAUGCAAGCGGCCAAAGGUCAGGCGUUGGGAAGAAUGUACGUUUCAAUGACUUCGAGAUAGUGCCUAGCUAGGUAAACCAUUACAUUGUCAACAGCCAACGGCGCACUCAAACAUCUCUACCGUCUCAUAUCCGUCCGGCCU